AUGUUGCAUCUGUUUCUACUGAGGCGUGCUGCGGUGUUCUGCUGGGACGCAGUGUGUGGGUCAGGUCCCAGGCUGAAUGGCUGGGAUGCUUGUGUUUCCUCUCUUUCAGACUCCUUCAUCUCCAAGUCAGCCUCGUUGCCAGGGUAUGGCAGGAACGGACUGCACAGGCCCCAGAGUGCAGAUUAUUUCCAGUACGACAGCAGCAGUGCAGUUAACUGGGGAAUCAGAGAAUACAAGAUCUACCCAUAUGACGUGUUGGUAGUCACCAUAAGGAGGCAGAACCAGCCCCCCAAUGACGUGGACAGAGCCAGACUAGAGCGCCACCUGUCUCCUGAGGACUUCUACCGGGUGUUUAGGAUGACUAUGCCUGAUUUUGACCGGCUGGCAAUGUGGAAGAGAAACGAGCUCAAGAAACAAGUCCGACUGUUCUGAAAGGACCAGACUGUAGAAGCUCAGUAUAGCCGCCUGCUGGGCUUAACGUUAGAGGGAGUUGAGUCCUCACUGAGAGCCAUAAUAACCCAUCUGGGUAGCCCUCGAUCCAUCAGGUCAGAGUCACAGCAGAACCAGAACUAAAACCAGCUCGGGUUCUAGCCAUAGAAAUAUAAUAAGUUGUAAUGAUAUAGUUCUGUUGUUCCAGGACAUCCUCCGGGCCAGAGAAACCCAGCCAGCCUGAGUCUAUACAUCAAUAAGAUAUCUCUGGAGAAAGUGGAGUAACAGGCUCCUCCUCCUGAGCCAUGUCUGUUUGUGGGAGGACUAGACCAGGCUAGUUCUGCCUAUGCUUUCAGUAUUAUGUGUUUGCUUUAUUAGAAGGAGUUUAACUAUAGUUCUUGGCUGUCAUGUCAUUUUCAGGUUGCUGGUUUGGACAGCCUCUGAGACAUUAUCUUWUGAUCAAGCAGGAAAGAGAGAACAUCAGCAAACUGUCCAAACAGAACGUGCUACCAGAUAAACRCUGUCCUUGCUUUCUUUACUCUAAAUAUAUUGUUUCAUUCACAGAUUCUUUUAUUUAUUUUUUUUACAUUGAGACUUAAACUUUGUAUUUCUUAAUAGAGCAAGGGUUGACCACGGAGUGAAAGGCUAGAUUGAUAUAUUGUGGUAGUACGGUUUAAGAAAAUGUGUGGAUCAUUGUGUGUUUACUGAAAAACCAAAGUAAUAUAACUAUCUUAAGAACCAA